UGGAUUUGCCGGUACCUCAAACAUACAGGAAACUCUUCGCGCCCUCAGCAUCCUCUCCUCCUCGCCCCUGGACCAGCGCAAGACAAAUACUCAGCAGGUAUGACAGACAGCCGGAAUAUCUACCAUGUUCUAUCUUAGAUAGGCUACGUGUUUCAUAUCAUUUACUAUCAUUUAUGACUUUUUUUUGCAAGAGAUCUGGGCAUUAUUUCUGAUUUGUCGCUUUAACUCAUUUGGUGAGUGCUGCCCUGUGGACUAUUUUGAUGAGGAUUAAUCUCCGCUAAUAACUUUGGUGUGAGCACAUUUCAUGCUAUUUCAUGUUUUAUUCCAGUGUUUUAUAGCCUAGUAAUUUGGUUUGUUGCGCAAAUUACUUUUAUUGUUUUUUUAUUUGGGAGGGAAGAGCAGGGAGUUUUUGUCUUUUCCUAUUUUGUCAUUGAUAUAAACAUUGUAAUAAUUACACUGAUUAGGCUUACAAUGGUUGGAUUUUGGCCCGUUCCACUAAUGUCAAAUAUUGAUGCAGACAGUUUGGACACAUCUUGACUCGUUAUUCUCUGAUAUGCGACUGAAAUUAUUUGAUUUAUUUUCAGAUUUCUCCGUGACAUCGGGCUUUCGCCCACACAUAUCCAUAGAUAAACAAAGCCCAGAAAACCAUCAUGUUUUACUUUCACUGUCCCCCUCAGCUGGAUGGAGAAUGCUGUCGGACUAAUACGCGUAAGUAGACCAUAGCCUAAUGCUGCAACUUUUGGGACCGCUUCUCCAUAGAUGGGCUAGAAUGUGUUGUUUUGAUUUGGAAAUACUAAGUGUAGGCUACAUCAGCCUAUAACUUCUAUAUCCUUGCAAUCGAGUAUAAAUAUGUGCAGCCUGACCCUACCUCUGAAUAGGCUGUAAGAAGAGUGGUUUAAGGGUUAUGACUCAUGAAAACUGUAAACAUCUGAAUAACAUAUUUGUAUCCACUUUAUUUCAUUGUGGUAAAUAAAGUAUGUGUGCAUUUGUGUGUGUUCAUCAUUUCGUGUAAAGUACUAUAAAACUGUUCCCUUGAUAUAGCUGUGAUACUGUAUAUAUGUAUUACUGCAUGUUCCAUAAAUUUUUUAAACGGUUGUCGCGAGUUUUUGUUUGUCUUUAAAGAUCAUACUUAUUUUUGAAGAAGCUUGUUUUAAUAGCGUAUUUUUGUUUGUUUUAUGAACUGUUUGAAAUGUGUGUGUGUGUGUGUGUUAGCCCCGAGGCUGAGGCGGGUGUGGUGUCCCGUCUGCGGCCACAGAUGUUGGGUGUCAUGCCUCAGACCGGGACAUCAAUGUUUCAUGGCUCCAAUAAGUGGAAUACAAGUAGAUUAUAGUCCGUUUCAAUGGGCCAUCCUUUUUACUGACAUCCUAAAAAAUAAACUCCUGCUUGAUCCCUUAGUUUUGAUGUUUUUGCUGUAAAAAUAUGUUGCAAAGUGUUUCCAUGUCCGUUUUUGAGUGAAAACAAACAAAUGUAGGCUAUUCAAUGUAUUUAUAUCACCAAGUAUUUUUAUUGAAACAUUUCUUCGAUUAUUAUGUUUUCAGUGAACACCAACGGGUUUGCCAACCAUGCGUCAGCAGGUGAUUUUGAUGACGGCUUUCUGCGGAGAAAACAACGUAGAAAUAGAACAACAUUUACUCUACAACAGGUAGCAAUCAAUUAUAAAACUCUGGACUGCUUAGAAAUAUCACUCUGUACAUUGGUUAUAACGAAUGUAAUCCAAUAACAAAUGUAGGCCUAAUAUUUCCAUAAUGUUGUUGAUAACGAUUAUUAUGAUGAUGCUUAUUAUUUCCAACAUAAUAAUACAAUUUAGCCUAUCACUUCCUUAUUACUUGCACUUAUUCUAGUUAAUAGCAUUUUGUUGCCUAGUGAGGCUAUUCAUAGACCUACAGUAUAUAUAGGCCUAUCGCUUCUGAAAGUAGGCUAGGGUACUUACCAAAACAGGUACCUUGUAAAUUUUGUAUAUUUCGUUUAAAAACCAACACCAACAUAAAAAUACAAUUUUGUGUAGUGUUAUGAAUAAUAAAGUCGCAUAACUUUAAAACUCUUAAUGUAAUAUUGAUCUUAUUCUCAGUUGGAAGCUUUGGAGGCUGUUUUCGCGCAGACUCACUACCCGGAUGUGUUCACGCGCGAGGAACUGGCCAUGAAGAUCAACCUGACGGAGGCGCGUGUCCAGGUGAGCACGCACGCACGCACGCACACAGGAAUGAAGUAGCGGGCUCUGAGCAGGUUUGACCAGAGAGGGUAAAUUAAGGCACUCUGUCAUUCUCCCGAUCCUCUUUAAUAACAUCAACAUAAUGGUGAAUAUUAGAUCAGGUUGAUUAAUCGGUCAUUCAUAAUUAAACAGUGAUAAUGUUCUUCACUAAUUUGUCCGCAUCUCAAAACAAAGGUACAAAAUAUACAUCAUACAUGUGCGUCCGUUUCCGCAGCUCAUAAAAAAAAAGCAUAAGGGAUGCUUUUAAAGAGGGCAGUAGAUAAAAAUGUUAAGACCAUUAAAUAUGCGCUCACACACACACACAUCUUUACAUUGUUAAUAUUUAUUUUUUGCCCUCCACAUAUGUGUGGUUAUAAACUUGGUCAGUUGUAAUUCAAUUCAGUGUGUCCUGUAUGUAAUUUCCUGCAUUCCAGAUUUGCUUUUGGGUUUUGUUGUGAGCGCAGAUCUAAUUGUAGGAAAUAUAAUAGUUAGGCUUUGCUUCCCCUGGGUCAUCUUACUAUUGCUUAAAGCCGACGGCGCGCGGGAUAAUGGAAUCCCGAGCUGUAAAUUAGGGAUUGUAAACAAAUUAUUCCGUUCUAAUCCGAUUACAGCAUUGCUAUUAUUAAAUCUGAACAUGAAUCUGCCGCAGCAUGCAGGGAUAUUAAACUUACAUUAUUAUUAGAAAAUAAAUGUCCUUUCUGUUGUAGUGUUGUUGGCCCGUCUUUAUUGUAUUGUGUCAAUGGGUUUCCUCCUCCUUAAAGCAGGUGCCAAAUGGAGAUUAAUGUAGCAAUUACCAGCCAUUCAGAGGGACGGGAUCACGACUCUUUAGCUGUAAGGUGCAAGGGUGAGAUAGCCUGCCUCACAAUCACAACAAGCCGCCAUAUUGUUGUCCUGUCACUAAACUAAACGGUUAUCCUUUUUUUGUACAUUGCCUGAAUGGGAUUCGUUUUGUUUGGCUGUUGACAUCAUUGUACCUAGGCUUUUGCACAAUGGUGACUGUUCUGUCCCGCGUGCAGGGCGCAUGCAGUCGUUCUGAUUCGCACACCCGCUCCACCCCAUUCCAUUCACACACAUCAUGAUUAAUGCGUGUACGAGUGCAGUCUUAAUCGAAUCUGAUGUUGUCAAACAAUCACUAAAUAGGGGAAUAAACGACUUCAUCACAGCUCUCUCUCUAAAGCGCCCUGACUGUCAGUGGGAAGUCAUUAAAAUAUGAGAAUGAAAAAUUGCUCAAUUAAAUGUUGUUAUAGGCAAUGACCUUCAUUCAAUUAGGAUAUAGAAGUUGGCAGUAUGUGGCAGGCUGGAGACUAUGGGUGGGUGAAGUUUGGGAGAAGUGGCAGUGCAAAGUCACUCAGGCAGAGUGCUUCGGUCUGACACACACACACACACACACACACACACACACACACACACACACACACACACACACACACACAUACACACACAGUGAUAUCCUAUCUUUAAAAAUAAUCACAUCCUUUUGAUACAUCUAAUAACAAGACACAAUAGACCAUGUCCAUAUUUCGGUGAUGAGACAUGGUUAAUGAAAUCUGUCAGUUUUCUGACCAACUGAAUCUUACCUUCUGCUCCUGUGUGCAUAAAUACAAAUAUGCUGGUCUGGGUUUGUAACAUGUCAACAUACAAAAGCAGGUAUUCAUUGGACUACAUUCAAUUGUACAAGGGAGAGAGAUUGCAUGGAACAACAUUACAUUUUUUUACUUCCUCUCCUCCUGUUUAGGUGUGGUUCCAGAAUCGCAGGGCCAAGUGGAGAAAGACAGAGAGAGGGAGUACAGACCUUGACGGAGGGAAGGAGCCGAUGAACGAGGGAGGCACUCCUCCGUCCAGGAGUCUGAACUCCCAAUCUCCUGUGGACCAGAGCAGGAAACAGAAGGAACCUUUGGAGAUGCAGCAGAGGUAAGAGAACAGGGACAGGGACAUAGGUGGGACAGGGAUGGCUGUAUAGUCUAGCAUAGAGUUUGUGGGGAGCCUUCUCCUCCAGAGUUAGGCCUCUUCUCCCAUUACAUUGGGUUUUCCCAGUGGCCAGUAACAUUACAGCUGCACCUCAUGGUCGCUGUCCACUGUUAUGUGGUGCUGAACAGCAGAUCACAGGAUUCUGAGUGUACAGCUGUCUGUAGUGCUGAAAUCUCAGACCAGCCACUAUUUGCUUAUUGUUUACUUCAGACCUUCCACAUGUGAUUGAGUCACCACAAAUGCUAACCCACUCAUCUUCCCCUCCUCUCUCCUCUUCACUCCUCUUCACUUUCCUUCAGUUGCAGGAUAACCAUAACCUCUUAUCUCCUCUCGGAGUCAUUUUAAACUAACCUCCCUCCUCUCUCUUCCCCCAGUAUAAACCGAGCGGUGGGUCCUGGUGGUCCGUUCUUCCCCUCCUGUCUACCAGGAACCCUCCUGAACUCAGCCACCUAUGCCCAGGCUCUGUCACACGUUGCCACAAUGAAGGGUAAAUUAACACAGCUAACAGUUAACACAACUAACACACUCAAUGGUUAGAGGAGAGGAGGAGGAUGGUGAUGGUGGUGGUGAUGAAAGACAUGCUCUACUGUAAAACAAUUUCCUGAACCUGACCUGUGUUUAUUUCUGUGUGUAUGUGUCUUACCAGGAGGUGGUCUGUGCUCAUGCUGUGUUCCUGACCCCAUGGGCCUGUCCUUCUUGCCCCCCUACGGUUGUCAGGGCAACCGUACGGCCAGUGUGGCAGCCCUGCGGAUGAAGGCCCGGGAGCACUCUGAGGCCGUGCUACAGUCAGCCAACCUGCUGGGGGCCGGCCAAGGGACUGGAGUAGGAGGCCUGUCGGGGCUUGGAGUGUCUGGGGCUGGGGCUGGGUUGACGAGGCCCGGGAUGGGCCCUGCCCUGGGAGUAGUAUCUGGAUCAGUGUUGGGCGUCUCUGGAGCCGUGGGGAGAGGCUCCAGAGACGAGGCUUCCAGCCCAGGCUCCAAGACCCCGAAUCAGGGUACCGGGUCUGACAAACACCCCCUCUGCCCCAAGGAACCACUGGAGAAAAAGUGAGUGUCUAUGUUGCUGCCCAGGGGAGACAGACGUACAGACAGUGUGGAUGUACAGACAGACGGAAGGACUAGGACUUAAACUCCUGUGGUGUGACUGUGCCGAUUGUUACAACCACCCUCCCUCUACCUACUCCUCCUAAAGCACAACUAUGGACCUUGUCCUAUUACUACUGGAGCAGGGAGAGGAGUGGUUACCCAGAUAUCAUACUCUAUGGAUUCAACUAUCAAGAUAUUGUAUGAGUGUGAUUUAUUUAUUGUGGGUUAAUAUUGCUGAAUAUCGUGGGGCCGUUGCGUUCCCCUUAUAAGCACACGUACUGUACGUAGCUCUUGGCGCUGUGUCAUUUCUCAUGGACUCUACAUGGACUCUGAAUAAACUGUGUGUGUGUGUGAUGGAGACUGCCACCCUGGCUAAUAAUGUGAAUCUGAGGCAUUUCCCCUUCUCUCUCAUCUUGGCUACACACUCUCCCUUGUGUAUUAGGGUACAGAAAGUCACCAGACAAUGUGACAUGUUAUGUUCCUCUUCUUUUUAACACAUGUAAAACACAAGGUGAAAUAUUGACAAUUCUAUAGUCAUGGUCAUCAAUGUUCAGGAUUUUAAGCCAGCGACCAGAGAGAACGCUAACUACUGAUUUAUUGAUCGGUCUCGUUUAACUGACAGUGGCAGUGCACAUAAAUCAACGUAUUUGCUUUUACAUUGAUGUUAAAGUGUCACAGUUGAAGCUAAUGUUGCUCUGUGGUCCCUUGGCUAUGCUAACAGGGUAGGCUAACAGAUAUGAUGACACAACAGUGGUGUUGAUAUCAGGGCUGUUGCUAAUAGCAGUCUGUUAGCACGUCUGUGGCGUAACUAGCGUUAGCCGACCCUGGAUCACUUUGGUCCUGUUGUGACAUGUUCUCUAAAACAAUUAAAGAUGUAGUCUCUCCUGUUGCCUACUGCCACGGACAUCUGCUCCUAUCCAUUAUUCAUCCGUUUCCCUUAAAGCUGGAGAAACUAGAGGAGAGCAAUCAUUGUUCUUAUUAUUUAUUUACUUUUAGGAAUGCCACUCAUGGCCUCCUCUGUCUCUAUCUCUUGCCUUCUCUCUCUCUCUCUCUCUCUCUCUCUCUCUCUCUCUCUCUCUCUCUCUCUCUCUCUCUCUCUCUCUCUCUCUCUCUCUCUCUCUCUCUCUCUCUCUCUCUCUCUCUCUCUCUCUCUCUCGAUGCAUCGGCAGGUUACAAUAACCGAUUAAACAUGAUACAUCCUAAUUAUUAAUACCAAAAUGUAUAUAGGUCUUCUUUAAACCCAGAGGCUCCUUCAUGGUUCAUCAGCGAUUGUUGAUUUAUUAAUUUAGCCUUAAAAAAAAUAUGAAACCUAUUUUCUAUGUUGUCUUUCACCAGAUCGGCUGAUAAGACAUAA